AUGUCCAGUUCUUCUGAUAAUUCAAAUUACUCCACUAUUGGUACUCUUAGUACUAUUAGUACUAAUGAUAGUCAUGGUGAUGUAUUUUUAUUCAGUGAUUCCUCAAAUGAAUAUUUUAAUAUUGAUGAUGAAACAAAUCAGGUAUUUUGUAAUGAAAUAAAAGUGUUAAUUUUAUUAUUCAAAAAGAUCUAUUUUUUAUUAUUUUAUUAAUAUAAAAUAUGUUUCAGAAUAAUGAAACAGGUCAAAGAGUUGAAAACAAUAUAUUCAAAAAUAAUUUGCAAUUCAAUAAAGAACAGAAUGCAUGUAGUGCUAAAGGUAAAAUAAAAUAUACAUAUAAAUAUAAACUCUAAAAUUUACAAUAAUAUUAUAUUAUUAUAUGUAUAAUAAUAAUAAAUAAAUUGAAACUAGUAAGAAUUUAUAAUAAUUAUAUUGCUUUAAGCUGAAAAUUUCCAUUUAAUGAAAAUGUCCAUUUCUUCUGAGAGUUCAAGUUAUUCCACUAUUGGUACUCUUAGUACUAUUAGUACUAUUGAUGGUCAUGGUGAUAUAUUUUUAUUAAGUGAUUCCUCAAAUGAAUCUUUUAAUAUUGAUGAUGAAACAAAUCAGGUAUUUUGUAGUGAAAUUAAAGUUUUAAAUGUAUUAUUCAAAAAAAUAUUUUUUUUUCUUAUUUUAUUAAUAUAAAAUAUGUUUCAGAAUAAUGAAACAGGUCAAAGAGUUGAAAACAAUAUAUUCAAAAAUAAUUUACAAUUCAAUAAAGAACAGAGUGCAUGUAGUGCUAAAGGUAAAAUAAAUUAUACAUAUAAAUAUAAACUCUAAAACUUACAAUAAUAUUAUAUUAUUAUAUGUAUAAUAAUAAUAAAUAAAUUGAAACUAGUAAGAAUUUAUAAUAAUUGUAUUGCUUUAAGCCGAGGUCAUACUAUUGCAAUUUCUUGCAUUCUAAACUUGAUUGCAAUAAAUAUAUAUAUUCAGUGUGUCUUACCAUGUUGAUUUGUCUAGCACUAUUACAUUUUUUUUCAAUUGGUUUAUCUUCAAGGGGGACAUAUAUUUGGAGAAAAAUUAUAUUUUUAUUUUCAUCCUCUAAACAUAAAAAAAAACUUUAAUUAUUCACUUGAUAAAAUUUUCUAAAUAGCCAUUUUGUAAAAAAAUAUUAUUCUAAAAAUUUUAAUGUAUCAUACAUUCAUAUCUGAUUAAUAAUUCCUUAAUUAUAGCUGGUUUAAAUUCUAGAAAAUAGGCGUGAAAACAAAUGAUAUUGAAUAAAAAAAUUGCAAAAAAUUACCGUGCUGUUAGUAAUUCUUUAUCAUAUAACAUGUUAUUUUAUUGAUUAUUAUUUGUUUUCAUGCCUAAUUAAAAUGGCUAUAACUAAGAAAUUAUUAAUCAGAUAUAAAUGUGUGAUAAAUUAACAUUUUUUGAAUAGUAUUUUUUACAAAAUGACUUUUUUGAAAAUUGUCAAGCAUUUCUGUUUAGUCUAACAAUUUUUUCCACAGAGUACAUAUUGAACAAAAAUUACGUACAAAACUUGUACAAUUAAAAUGUCUAUAAAUUACUUAAAAAUUUGACCAAAAUUUUUCUCCAAAUAUAUGUCCCCCUUGAAGAUAAACCAAUUGAAAAAAAAUGUAAUAGUGCUAGACAAAUCAACAUGGUAAGACACACUGAAUAUAUAUAUUUAUUGCAAUCAAGUUUAGAAUGCAAGAAAAAGCAACUAUAAGAUUUUUGUCCAAAUUUCAAGUUUCUACAAAUAUUUUUAAUUAAAUUACUACAAAAUACAAAAUUAAAAAUAAUAAAAACAUUAUUUUCAUACAUUUUCCUGUUUUUCUUACAAUUUAUCCUGGGUUUUCCUGAUAUUAUGAAAACUAAUUUGAAAAUCAAAAAAUGGCCUUCCUAAAGUACCAUCUAGUCAAUAUUACAAUAUUUUUUUUGAGAAAAGAUGAUAUAUUUACAUAUUGAAGCAAGAUUUCUAGUAAACAUUCUUGUCACAGUUAAAAAAAACAUCAUUGUAAAUCCAAAACUUACAUUUUUUGCUACACUCAGAAUAUAAAAUUUAAAUUAAAUUAAUAAUUUUUAUUUUGAUUCUAAAUAUGUAUUAUUUAGUUAUAUCUUUGCAAAUUGAUUGUUUCCACUUAGUUUUCCAUUAUUCUAUCUCACCCUUGAGAGAAUUUUGAAAUUUAUAAAUGAAAAGUGUUUCAUUAAUUAUUGUUCCAAUCAAAGUAUUUCCAAGAUCCGGAAUCAUCUUUAUGGCAAUUGGAAUCAGUUGCAUUUUUACUUAUUUGUACUUAAGAAUUAUAGAUAUUUUAUACAACAGAAAAGAACAUCACACGGCUUAAAUCAGGGCCUUUCAGGGACGCACCCGUAAUACAUUCCCAUAUCUACAAAUAAUAAUAAUAAUCUAAAAAUAAUAUAAAUAAUUUACAAAUAAUACAUCCCCAUAUCUGUUUGCAACGUCACUAACGAAAAACGAUUCAGAACUUAUCAGAGAAGAAGUUUGGUUAGAAAUUUUGAAAUACCGCAAUUUUUACGAUUUCCAUCAAAUUUUGAUUUUUAUAUGCAAUUUCCAGUGGUACUGAACUUCCCACCCCCUAAAACCAAAAAAAAUAUCAAAUCGGAUAAAAACUGUUGCUGCAAUAUUGUUUUCUGGAAAUUAUAUUCAGUUAAAUUUAAAAAAAAAAAAUGCUUUCAAUUAAUUUUACCGUAUUUUCUGCUGGAUUUGUGUAACUUCUGUACCCGUUUGCCGAGAAACCAUAAAAAAUACAACUUUUACGCCAAGAAAUGAAAAACUCUAAGAAUAGGCCACUGAACGAUUUCUAUCAAACGGCGUUACAAAAAAUGCAAUAUUUGAAAACUUGAUCCACUUGCUCUCAAAUGUCUUUAUACCUCACUAGUCCGUUUUUUAUUAGAAUAUAUUUUAUAUAUUUUUUUGUCCCAAUAGUGUUUUCCUAACAUUUGCUCAAGAAUUGAUAACUCUUCCUUACUUCUCAGAUUUUUAAUUUUUAACUGUUAUAAUUCAUAAAUGGUAAAUCAGUUAUUAGUGUUAUGUAUAUUAAAAUAUCUAAAUAUCUAGACAAAUAUUCUCUGUUUGUAUCUGUGAUUGAAAUAGGGGGGGGGGGUUACAAAUCCAAAGUUGAUUUCAUUUCAUGUAUCCUUAUACAGGAGUAAAAAGUUAAAAAUAGUGUAAAAAAGAGCUUAAACGAUUCCAUAAUAAUUAAGAAAAAAAAAAAGCAAAUCAAUUUAUUUUAAAAAUGAAAAUUGCUGGUUCGUAAUAAAAAUAAAAUUAACAAAAUUAAUGUUAAAGUCAUUUUUUCAUGUUAAUAUUCUAAAGAGAAAAAUACUUAAUAAAAACGUUUUUUGAUUUAUAAACACCUAUGAUAAUUUGUAAAUUUGUUUAUGGUUUUUAGGGGGGGGGGAAGAUGAGGGUUUACUUUUGAAGUUUAAAUGAUAACUUAUAUUUAAAAUUCCAUAAAUAGAUAAAUUAUUAGUUUAAAAAAUGUUGGUAUUAAAAUUUUUGAUUUUUCUCAACUCAUUAAUGAAAUAUAAUGUUACACUUUUUAGAUAUGGUAGGGGAAAGUAGUGAAUUUUUAACACCAAAAUGUAUUUAAAUUAACACUCUACUUAUGUAUGGAAUUUUGAAUAGAUAUUAUCUUUUGAACCUCCAAUAAAUAAAACAGUAAAACAAAUUUUUAAAAAUAUUUUAAAUUUUUAUAAAUCCAAAAACGUUUGUACGAUUUAAAUGAUAAAACAGCUGCAACAUAAAUUUUGAAUCGCUCUGUAUAUACAGUCUUUUCGAGAAUAACUAAACUUUAAUUUAAUGAAUUUUAUUUAAUGAAUCUUAUUAAUAUCAAUUGAAACUAUUUGUUUUCAGAUACUAAAAAAAUAAUAUUUAAUCAAUCAAAUGAUGGAACUAUUAAUCAUAAUCAAACAGGAGAAUAUCUUUUAAUUGGAGUAGAGAACAUUUUAAAUGAACCAAAAAAUACUGCUAUUGAUGAAAAUCCAGUUUUUGAAGAAGAAAUUGAAAAAAAAAUUGACAAAAGAAAUCAACCAUCAAAUAAACAGAUUAUAAUUAAUUAUCAGGAUGAUCAUGAAAAAUUAAAAGAGCUUUCCAGCAAGUCUUUGACAAAAGUAAAUAUAAAUAACGAUUAUAAGUUUGAAAGUAAUUUUGAUCAUAGUAUACCUAUUCUCUGUAAAAAUAAAAACUGUAGUAUAUAUUUACAUAAAUCUGAAUUGUUCGAUAACUUACACUGUACAUUUGAGUGUAAAAAAUUGAAUUUAGAACAAACAAAACAAUCUAUCAACUCCGAAAAUAUUUCAUGUGGACUGUUAAAAACUCCAACAGUUGAACAAUCUCCAGUAAUUGAAAAUCCAUCUAGAAAGAGAAAGCAAUCAUUUGAACCACUUCUUCAAAACAAAAUAUUUUUGACUGAAUGUAGGAAUGAUUGUGAUUAUUUAAAUGUACCCCAUUGCAAGUUAUUUACAGAUGUAUAUACAAGUAGCAGAAGUUCUCCAAAGUCCAUUGAUCAUUUACAAUAUAGUUUUAAAAGUAAUAAUGUCCAAUUAAGAAAAACAGAAGAUUUAAAAGUAUCUGUAAUUGAACUUAAAGAAUCUGCAGCACCUGUGACAAAUAAUGAUAAUUUUUUAGAUGAAGUAAAAAGUAUGGUGCCAUUGUUUGAAUCAUUUUGUGCUGAAAACUUAGACGAGCUAGAACAGUUAGAAAAAUCCUAUCAAAAACUAUCAAUAGGUUAA